AUGCCGGCCACUAGCAGUGGGCCCGACCCAUACUGGUCGGCGUCCGUGAACCUACGUUCUGUUCCCCUGGACCUCUUCAGAGCCAAUGGCUUUGCUUCCAUCCCGGUUGUUCUAAAACCAUCCAAUGGCGCAAUCAUCCGCUCUAAAAAAAAUCCCAAAGCCCUGCUUCAAGGCCUCGAAGCCGCAACUCCUGACUUCCGAGACAUCGCUGAAGUCCGCCAAUACGGCAGAGGCGGCAUUGUCUGCAAAUCCGCCAACCUGAAUGUUAUACGCUCCCUUCUAGCCACAUCCUCCUUCGGGGGCGUUCCCGUUGAUGCCUUUAUCCCGCAUCACCUUGCCUGCGUCAAGGGUGUGGUGAGAGGUGUAGACGUCUUUCUCCCAGCAUCCGAGAUCCUGGGGCUGUUCGCCGACGUUGGCGCGCUGGAUGCAUUCCGCUGCAGCAGACUCGAUAACGACCUACGCAUCCCCACUGAGUCUGUCGUCGUGACUUUCGAGGGUCAUUCCUGCCCGUCCGAAAUAAAGUCUUGGCCCCUCAUCUUCUGCGUGUACCCCUACAAACGAAGACCCCUGCAGUGCAAGCGUUGCUUCCGGUUCGGGCAUAAUAUCAAGAACUGUAGGUCUGAUCCCCGUUGUCGGCGCUGCGGAGAAGCCCACAUCGAGUCCACCUGCUCUGGUAACUCUGCCACGCUGUGCUGCCUCUGA